ACGACGUAUGACCUAAGGCCUCGAAAGCUUUUAGGAUUAAUAAACAGAGCAAUGCGGUUUUUUACAAUUUUGUAUAGAAUAUUGGAACAAAUGGGAGAACACCAUUUUUCCUUCUUCUGAAGCAUCGGUAGUGGCUGACUGGUCUAUUCAGUAAAGAAGGCGAGCCACAACUAUUUUUUUCUUCAGGUAUUCAGGCCAGUUUUACAAGGAAAUCUUCUUUCGGGUUGUUGACACAUAGGAGAUCAGUUGGGAUAUAUAAUAGAAUAGAACUUUCAAUAAUAUGGAUACCGGAGGCAAUUCCCUACCAUCUGGACCAGAUGGGGUGAAGAGAAAAGUGUGUUAUUUCUACGACCCAGAGGUUGGGAAUUACUAUUAUGGGCAGGGUCAUCCUAUGAAGCCUCAUCGUAUCCGAAUGACUCAUGCUCUUCUUGCCCACUAUGGAUUGCUUCAGCACAUGCAGGUCCUCAAGCCCUUUCCUGCAAGAGAUCGGGACCUCUGCCGCUUCCAUGCUGAUGAUUAUGUAGCAUUCCUCAGGAGUAUUACACCCGAAACGCAGCAGGAUCAGCUGAGGCAACUCAAGCGCUUCAAUGUUGGCGAAGAUUGCCCUGUUUUUGAUGGUCUCUACUCCUUCUGUCAAACGUAUGCUGGUGGUUCGGUUGGUGGUGCAGUCAAGUUAAAUCAUGGUCUCUGCGAUACUGCUGUAAACUGGGCCGGUGGGCUGCAUCAUGCUAAGAAGUGCGAAGCUUCUGGGUUUUGCUAUGUGAAUGAUAUUGUCCUGGCAAUUUUGGAGCUUCUUAAAAAGCACGAGCGUGUUUUAUAUGUGGACAUCGAUAUCCAUCAUGGAGAUGGUGUUGAGGAGGCAUUUUACACAACUGACAGAGUCAUGACUGUUUCAUUUCAUAAAUUUGGAGAUUAUUUUCCUGGCACCGGGGACAUACGUGAUAUCGGAUAUAGCAAAGGGAAAUACUACUCUCUUAAUGUUCCACUGGAUGAUGGCAUUGAUGACGAGAGCUAUCAUUUCUUGUUCAAGCCUAUAAUUGGGAAGGUGAUGGAAGUUUUUAGGCCUGGCGCCGUGGUUCUCCAGUGCGGUGCUGACUCUUUAUCUGGGGACAGAUUAGGAUGCUUCAAUCUUUCUAUCAAAGGCCAUGCAGAGUGUGUCAGAUUUAUGAGGUCAUUCAAUGUCCCGCUAUUGCUUCUAGGUGGUGGUGGUUAUACGAUCCGGAAUGUUGCUCGGUGCUGGUGCUAUGAGACAGGGGUUGCGCUUGGAGUGGAAGUUGACGACAAGAUGCCACAGCAUGAGUAUUAUGAGUAUUUUGGUCCAGAUUACACCCUUCAUGUUGCCCCAAGCAACAUGGAAAAUAAGAAUUCACACCAAUUAUUGGAUGAAAUACGGUCUGAGCUUCUUGAUAAUCUCUCAAAGCUUCAGCAUGCACCCAGUGUCCAAUUUCAAGAAAGACCUCCUGAUACUGAAAUUCCAGAGGCAGAUGAAGAUCAAGAGGACGGAGAUGAGAGAUGGGACGCAGAUUCUGACACGGAGGUUGAUGAUGAGCGAAAGCCUUUGUCCAGCAGAUUGACGAGGGAUAUAGUUGAACCCGAGCUCAAAGAUUUGGAGGAUCAAAAAGGAAAUGCAGAGCACGCCAAAGGAUUUGAUACGGGAGCAGAAGAGACUACAUGCACAAAGGCGGUAGAUACGGAUUCUAUGCUUGUUGAUGAACCUAAUGUGAAAGUUGAACAAGAUAAUCUGAAUAAGCAAGCGAAUGAAAAGCACCCUUAGUUUUAUUCACCAAAA